CCGUUCUUCUCGCACCCAUCAGAAACCUCCCCUCUCUGCCAAUACCCCUGACGGCUAGAUCUUCCCGAGGAAUGCGCUGCGGCGUCCGUGAGGAACCAACCACAAUCGCAGUCUGAAGCAUCAUGAUGGCCAUGGAGAGCUCUGAUAACGUUCCGUCUCAUGUCCAAUCGGACUCGACAAACACGGUGUCGCGUGGCACCGACUCAAUGGUGACUGUGCCGUUGACUUCCAACUCAUCAGACACACAACCCGACUGGCGGACGCUCGACAUCCCUCCCACACCGAUCGACAUAGUCACCCCGACGAAUGACCACUCAAGCGAAGAAGAGACCGACGCAAGGACCACACCUAUCCAAGACCCACAAACAUUUGAGCUCCAGCCAGUCGCAUAUCGUGAUUCCGGCUCGACUCGAUCUCGCAGUAGUGGGGAACAUGAUCGACAAGGUGAUGCGGUGGACUGGGAGGAGCUCGAGAAGACUGAAGAGCAGGAGCCUCGUUGCGAGGGAUCAGACGAGUCAACUGCUCUCCUUCUAGCACGCUUGGAACAGGAAAACAAUGCGCUAGCGACAAAUCCCAAGUCGGGUUUGGCGAAGAAGACUCAUGCACAGCAAGUAUCGCAGAGGCCGUCUCGAUCGCAGUCCCUACAUCAAAUCAAACGCCUGAUCGAUGAGGACCCCCGGUCAUCCCUGCGAUAUUCGCAACUGCCUCCACCGCCUAUGACGGAGUUGGAAUUCUGGGCAGCCUUGGUGGCAGACUAUCCGCAGACAGCCCAGCGUCUCCCGACUUUGACUUCGAACAAGAUUCGAAGCGGUGUCCCUCCGCCGCUGCGAGGAGUUGUAUGGCCCAGCCUGGCAGGGGCUCGAGAUUCGACCUUGUUGUCAGAAUAUCAGAGACUAUGCGGCGAAACAAGUCCAUAUGAAGGGCUGAUCGGCAAGGAUAUAGGGCGCAGCUUCCCUAACGUGGAGAUGUUCCGUGAUCCCAAUGGUGAAGGACAGCAGAUGCUGGGUCGAGUUCUGAAAUGUUUUAGUCUCUACGACACGAAGAUUGGCUACUGCCAAGGACUAGGGUUUGUUGUUGGUCCCUUGCUUAUGCACAUGACGGAUGCAGAAGCAUUCUGCGUGCUUGUGCGGUUGAUGGACCAUUAUGACUUGCGGACCUGCUACCUCCCAGACCUUUCGGGGCUUCAUCUCCGUGUCUACCAGUUCCAGAACCUAUUGUCCCGCUUACGGCCAACCUUAUUUGCGCAUUUGGAGGCAUUGAACGUGGAGCCCGUCUAUGUAUCUCAGUGGUUCUUAUCAUUCUUCGCAGUCGCCUGCCCGCUUCCCAUGCUUCUUCGGAUUUACGAUGUGAUUUUUCUUGAAGGAGCUUGCGAAACUUUGAUGCGCGUCGCUCUGUCUCUUAUGACACGCAACGAAAAGAAGCUUAUGGCUUGCGCGGAAUUUGAGGACGUCAUGCAGCUUUUGCUGUCCAGAGGUCUCUGGGAUACUUACGCUUGCCAUGCUGACGAGUUUGUGAAUGAUUUCGUUUCACUCACCUCGCUCGUUUCGAAGGAGAGUUUGCAGGCAUUGGAAGCCAGCUACAACCAAUCUCAAGGUGUGCCGACCGGCAUCUCUUUCCCCCAGAUGCAAGCAACGGCUUCAAGGUUCCUUGGACGGCUUUGGGCCGGUUCCUCCCAUAACUCCACCAAGUCGGUUAAUCUCAACCCUAACGCCGCUAGCGCGGCUAUCCGGCGCUCGGCGUCUAAACAGAGCAUGACCUCCACACUUAACUCGGUCGAAUCGAUAUCCGACGCUAGCACGGCCCCGACAGAGCUGUCGACGGACGCGCCGAAACCGCGUGCGAAAUCCGCUAUGUCGCAGCACAAAGACCGCGAUCUCCACACCCAAAUCGAAGAUCUUCUGAUGGCUCUCAGUGAUCUCCAACGGCAACAUGCAGACCUCACCCGCGAGUUGCAGCAGGAGCGGGAGGAACGUGAGGAAGACCAAGCGCUUGCAAAGUCAAUGCUGCAAUACAUCAAGCAGACCAGCGAUGAGCCUCCGAUGGAACUGGUUCAUAAGGCAGACGCACGCUUCGCCACGGUAGAAUCUACGAAGCAUGUUCCCAUGGAUCAGACUAAGCAACAGCUUCGGGAUGACCUCAAGCGAUGGAAGGAAAUGCAUGCGACGGAAGCUAGUCGAUGCUCGGGUCUGACGCGUCGUAUUGACGAAAUUGACAAAGACAAUUCGUCCUUGCGGGAGCAGCUCCGCGAAGCCCGCGGCCGGAUCCAGGAUAGCUAUCGGGAGCGACAGCGAUUGGAGCGCAUGGUUCGCGAGCUGCGGACCGUGAAGACCCGCACUUCCGAUACUCCGCCAGACUCAUACGGAUCUCCCACGAGCGAGACAAGCGAAGGCUAUACAAGCACCGGGCUACGAGAACUCAGGUUGGUGCGAACCAACUCGCAGAAGAGCCAGAAGAGCACGUUCAACAAACGGUCGAGCAGCUUGGGACUGCAGUCAGUGCUGGCCACCGAAAACAACAAGCCAGCAGCGGAGGAAGCGCUGCUUCUGGAGCUAGUAAAUGCAAAGACAGCAGAGGCAGUUGCACGACAGGAGCUUGAGGAAGUCAAGGCAAAGUUCGACGCGUUGCGCAAGGUGGUCUCUCGGAACGGUCAAAACACCGAGGCUCGGCUUUCGUUUCUGGGCCGGUCGUCUUCUAGCCUGAAUAUAUCCAAGGUCUCCACGGAGCCUGCAAAUGGGGGAGGGCUCUUCAGUGGCUGGGGACGACGAGCCGUGUCUACAAGCAACGAGACAUUUGACGGACGGUAAACACUGGAGAGACAUGUACGGCAUUUCCAGAACUACAUAUUGGCUUGGUCCGGAGUUUGGUGACGCGGGUGUACUUAAGGUGGUGUAGAUGGUUUUGAGUGGGGGAUUGUUACGAUAUCCAUGUAUACUAAGUUUUAGUUACCCAUUAUACUAGACUAGAGUGGUCCCAUUUUUAUAAAUUUAAUCAAAGCACAAGCCAAGCAUACAAGCGAAGAUGACCUGCCUGUGGACCCUUAACUUGAAGGCAAGAAUGU